AUGCCUCUUAAUACUUCUUCGAACAUCCAACCAAACGAUCCCAGAGCUUUCAAACACCCUUCAAUCCGUAAGAGAUGGAUCCAAAAUCUGAUCGACCUGUUACACUUCAGUCUGUUGAAAGGGGAUAUCGAAAGAGCCAAAAGAGCUUGGUCAAUCCUUGUAAGAUGUCGUGAAGUCAAUUGGAAAUCAAGAUGGUAUUGGGGAUUAUUAAUCCUUUCUUCUUCUUCCUCCUCUACCUCGAACGAUGGGUAUGAGUCACAAUCUCAAGGUAGAGAAGUAGAAAGGUGGUUGAAUGGAUUAAGAGUAUCAGCAAGAGAAGAAGAUAAACCUUCAUUACUCCAUGCACUCGUAUUGCACCUCAUCAAAUCAGGUCAAUAUCGCCAUGCAUACGAUCAAUUAGAAACGUAUCUCUCCUCAUACCCCUUCCUCUUAUCUGGACCAUUACAUACAUACGCCGGUCUACUAUCUUUCUACCUCGCUCAACCACCCUCUCUCCGUUUGGAUGGUCAAUCACUACCAAUUUCAUCAUCAUUUCACGAUAAACAAGCUCUUCGUCAACAUCUCUCUGCUGAGGUUGAGCUAGAACGAUCAUCGCGAUCAUCAUUAUCAUCUUCACCACCUUUACGACCUAUCGACCAUGACCAUCUUCCUGCCGAUGCAGCGGGAUUGAGAACUGCUAGAGGUUGGUUCGUUAAAGCUUUGGAAAUUGAUAAGACCGAUCAAGUAUCGAGGCAAUUUAUCGAUUUGAUUGAUAAUCCUGAUAAAAAAGGCAUUAACGACGAUGAUGAGUCGGAUGAAGAGGAAUUACAUAGGAUCGAAGAUAGUGAUCAAAGUAUGGAAGAUCCUCAAUCUGUGUCUGACACGGAGAAUGAAGUCGAGGAAAGCGAUAGUGAAUACGGAAGUAUAGAAGAGGGGUUAUCAGAAAGAGAUAUUCUAGAUAAGGAAGAAGGGUCGGAUCAGGAUGAUUGA